GAAUAAAUCUGAAACUUUGGGGUUUUCCUGACUGGUGAAGAGGUCCUGUCAUGGAUGAAGAUGUUCCAGGGGUCAGACUUUUUGAUCUACAUUUAUCUUGGGCCUUAGUUCAGAAGAGGAGGCUGAAGAAAACCAUCCCCUUUGCUCAGGGAAGAUCUCCUCUGAAGGACUCUGGUUUGAAGCCAGAGAAGAGGGGUGAGAGGGCUUUGCUGAGGAGAUUUGUACAGGUGCCCACAAGCUGCCCAUCCUUGUCCUGGCUGAGAAUGCUUUCAGCAGUGGGACAGCAGGGCAGGAGCAGGAGAGAAGCUGCUGCACCCUCAGGAAAGUGAGCGGUGUCCUGACUGAGCGUGGCUGCUGGACAGCAGGGACAGCACAGGGACUGAGGGACAGAGAGAGCACAGGGACUGAGGGACAGAGAGCACAGGGACUGAGGGGCAGAGAGAGCAGCACAGGGACUGAGGGACAGAGAGAGCACAGGGACUGAGGGGCAGAGAGAGCACAGGGACUGAGGGGCAGAGAGAGCACAGGGACUGAGGGACAGAGAGAGCAGCACAGGGACUGAGGGACAGAGAGAGCACAGGGACUGAGGGGCAGAGAGAGCACAGGGACUGAGGGGCAGAGAGAGCAGCACAGGGACUGAGGGACAGAGAGAGCACAGAGACUGAGGGACAGAGAGAGCAGCACAGGGACUGAGGGACAGAGAGAGCACCGGGACUGAGGGACAGAGAGAGCACCGGGACUGAGGGACAGAGAGAGCAGCACAGGGACUGAGGGGCAGAGAGAGCAGCACAGGGACUGAGGGACAGAGAGAGCACAGGGACUGAGGGACAGAGAGAGCACAAGGACUGAGGGACAGAGAGAGCACAGGGACUGAGGGACAGAGAGAGCAGCACAGGGACUGAGGGACAGAGAGAGCACAAGGACUGAGGGACAGAGAGAGCAGCACAGGGACUGAGGGACAGAGAGAGCAGCACAGGGACUGAGGGACAGAGAGAGCAGCACAGGGACUGAGGGACAGAGAGAGCACAGGGACUGAGAGCUGGACAGCAGCACCGGGAGUGAGGGUCACACAGCAGCACAGGGACUCAGGGACUGAGGGCCAGAGAGCAGCAGGGCAGUCCAGGGAGCUCCCAAGCAGGGGGGAUGGUGCUGCCAUGGGUCACACCCAGCUGGGAACAGCCCCGGGGCAGGCACUGGUGGGCUCUGUUCCCGGUGCCAUGGACUGGGAAGGAACAAAAGCUGCCCUGGAGGCAGGAGUGGAGGAAGGGAGCUGGAGAGCAGCUGGUGCAGGGGAAGGGGCUGUGGGAGAGGCUCCUGCUGGAGGGGGCUGGGGGUCAGGUUUCCUGCAGCCCCUGCUGCUCACUGGGGCUGCCUGGCCAGGGCAUAGUCCUUGCCAAGGAUCCCUCUGGCACCAGAGGAGGAGGCUGCCUUGCUGCCCAUCCCUGUGGAUGCCCUGGCACUGCAAGGAGCUGGUACUUUCCUGCCCUCAGGGGUGGGGUGUGCUCCUGGGGUGCCCAUGGGCUGCACCACAGCACAGCCCCCAGGUGCUUCCCUGCAGGCUCCUGGGGGUUUCUGGGGGCAGAGGGAAUCUUGGCAGAGCCUGGGGCAGGGGCGGGUGGGGGGCUGCAGUGAGGGCAAGGGCAGGGCCUGCAGCACUGUGCCGAGGGAGCUCUGCUUCCUUUGACACCUGGCAGAGAAAGGAGCAGCUGGGAAUGGCAUUCUUCUGCUGGGGGCUUUCACUGACUUCUCAUUUCCUUGUGGGAGCUCUUCCACUAGUAACUGGUUUUCCUCCUUUCUUUCUCUCUAAUAUUAUCUUCCCUUCCUCUCUCUGGCUCUGCUCCCCUCUGCCCCUGUUUCCCUUUCUUCAGUAUCAGUCACUAGGUUUGCAUUUUGGUGCAACUGCUGCAAACAUUCCCCAUGUGCCCUGCAUGGGGCAAGGCUCACAUUUCCAGCUGUUCCUGGCUGGAGGGGGCACGGCCAGGCAGCCCCUCCCUGGGCCUGGAGUGCAUCCUGGUGCCCUCGAGGGCCAUCCCUACCCCUGCUGCAGGCUGUGCCAUGGGCAGUGCCAGCCCCAGGGGAGCCCCAGCACUGCCCUCCUCAUGUGCUGCCAGGGGUGGCUGAGCUGCCCCGUGGUGCAGAUGUUCUCCUGAAACUCUCUUCCCAUGAGUUAUUUCCUACCUGCUGUUCCAAAAGUGGCUGGAUUCUAGCAGUGCUUUGUUCUGUGUCCUCAUGAGGCCUUCAGCUGACGUGCAGGAUGAGCACAUGGAUGUACAAGGUGUCCCUGGCAGCAGUGACCUGGUGUCCCCUGCCAGCAGCACGGUGACAUUCCCGCUGUGGCCGUGCUGCAGGAUGCUCCGUGGCCUUUGCUCGGUCCUGCUGCUGAACCUGUGAUCUUUUACACUUCCCAGGGAGCCUUUCUCAGGUGACACUUGCUGAACACUUGUUUUCAGCAUGGCUGGGUUCUGAGGAGAUGUCCCUGGUGAGCUGGAAAGGAGGGAUGGCCUUUUGGGGAAUCUGAGCUGCAGCAGCUGGUAGGAAAGGGACAGGGCCUUGCUGAUGCCUUGCAGUGGUUUCUUUCCCUGCUCGUGCUCUUGGCACUCUGACAAAUUCUUAGGGCACAUGGAUGACACUGAGAGUGAAGCUACCCAGAACCCAGGGCCUUGCUUCCAAUGAAAUCUCACCCCUGGGAGUUGCCAGAGCCAGCUGCAAACAAGGGGACAGCCAGCUGUGUUCCCCUGCCUCCAGAGAGACCCUGGUGGUGUUCUCGUGUGUGCUGGGAGCUCCACUCCCACUCUGGGCCACCAGCAGAGCCCCAGGUAUUGCAGGUGUGUCAGGGGGCCACCACCCAGAGCAGAGCACUGUCCCCAGAGAGGACACUGGCUUGAUCCCCAAUGUGGCAUCAGCCCCUUAUUUCCAGCCCCUCUCCCCAUCAAUGAGCGGCUGGGCUCUGUGCAGAGCCUCAACUCUGGCCUUGAUAAGAACAAUAGUAAUAGUAAUAAUAAUAAUAAUGAUAAUAAUAACGACAGUGAUGAUGGUGAUGAUGAUGUAGGCAGCCCUGUGCCAGGCUGAGCAGCUGUGCCAGUCGUGCCAGCAGCACUCGGGGCCGGGUGUCUGAUGCGUUUAACUCUUCUUGCUCCAAUUGCA